AUGGAAAUCAAGGGUUCCCAUUGGGCUCGAGUCGCAUUCUUGAGACUUUGUUUUGUUGAGUUUCCGAAGCUCAGCAAAGGACCUGAAACUGGGUCUGCCAAAAACACCUCGACUGCAACCAAUGACGCCCCGACCAACGACAACGCAAAUGAAAGGAAGGUCAAGCAAUUGUACAAUAAAAAUCACUUCUGGAGCUACGUCGAUGACUCCCUUGACGAUAACUGA